CAUCAAGAGGUCCCGCGAGGCAUUUGAAUAGCGACGUCACUGUACCACGAAGCGUGCAUCACCGGCCUCCGCAAAGGAAUUACGUCAGGCGGCCCUUGCGAGGCGUGACGUAACGCGCGCAAACCCUGCCAGAGGAAUGACGUCACGUUGCGCUGUGCCGGUGACGUCACGCCAUGGCGGCCUCGUUCCACCCGCGCGCGGGGCGCCUCGUCUCGCUGAGUAACGGGGGCCGCACGGCGCGGCGCCUCCGAGCCGCGCACGAGUUCAACCACGGCCUCGUGAUGAGCCGCGAGCCGCUGCGGGACGGGCAGCUCUUCCAGAUCCGCAUCGACCGCAAGCUCAACUCGUGGAGCGGCUCCCUCGAGGUGGGGCUUACAUCCCGGGACCCAGGCCAGGAAGCGAGUGAGCUUCCGAGCAGUGCCACGACGCUACGGGGCGGCGCCUGGCUGCUGUCGGGCUCCUGCGUGCUGCAUGACGCCAAGACGCUGCUCGAUGCAUAUGGGCGCACGCACGCCGGUGAGGAUGAGUGUGUGGACCUGGACUCGCUGGAGGAGGGAGCGCUGGUUGGGGUGCAGAGGACAGCUGCGGGCGAGUUCCACGUGUGGCUCAACGGCCACGACUGUGGGGUGGCGGCCACAGGCCUCCCCUCCCCUGUGUGGGCCCUCAUAGACCUCUACGGCAAGUGUACACAGGUCACUGUUGUGGAUGAUGAACGACCACAACAGGCAGCCGAUCACCCACCAGAAGCCUCCCGCUGUCUUCCGUCCGCCGCUCCUCCGCCGGACAACGUCUCCGCAUCGCGCACAGAGAGUCGCCGCAGCGGCGCGGCGCGGCACGGCACUCGGGCGGCCUCCACCUCCUCCUUGUCGGCGGCGGCGGCAGUGGACGCGGGGUUGACGGUGGCGGUGGACGUGCACGGCUCGGCACCACUCGGCUCCGCGCUCGCCUCGUCGUCGUCCGCCUCCCUCCUCUCGGCUCCUACCCACUCCUGGUCCAGCCCCCCGACGCCCCAUGCGCCUGUGUCUGCCUGCAACGACGCACUGCUCUUCCACGCAAAGUGCGGUGCCCUCAUCCGUCUGAGCAACAACCAAAAGACAGCCGAGCGGCGGCGGCCACUGGAUGAGUUCAACAAUGGCGUCGUGCUCACGAACCGGCCGCUUCGCCAUGGAGAGACGUUUGAGAUCCGGAUAGACCGACUGGUGGACAAGUGGAGUGGCUCUCUAGAAAUUGGUGUAACGACACAUGACCCCAACAGCAUGGACUAUCCGGCCACAAUGACCAACAUGAUGUCAGGUACAAUCAUGAUGAGCGGCUGUGGGAUCCUGACAAACGGGAAGGGGACGCGGCGAGAGUACUGCGAUUUCAGCCUCGAUGAGCUGCAGGAAGGGGAUCACAUUGGCUUAAUUAGGAAAAUGAAUGGCGAGCUUCACUUUUAUGUUAACGGCUUGGAUCAAGGUGUAGCGGCAUCCCAGACCGCGGCCACAAUCUACGGGGUGGUGGAUCUCUAUGGAAUGGCUGCCAAAGUCACUAUUGUCCACGAACAAAAUCAUGCCGACCGUCUGAGGAGAAACACGGCCAUCAUGCGUGCGAUUUCUCCCGAGUCCACCAAUCGCAGGGCUAGGGCAGCCGCUGGCGGUGCGGGCCACAGCAGCGGCCUUGCCACCGGUAGAUUGAACUCGCGUUUGGAGGCCGACGCGUGCGGCACGACAUGGGCCACGGCCGCCCCCAUGCCUCUAAUGGCGGGAGAGAACUUUGAUGAGAGUGUUGAUUUUGGUGGAGAUCUUGAGACACGGAGAGGGGCGGAGAGGACCACUCGAGCUGUCAGGGAACGAGAAAGAGUGAUGGACGAAGUGGGAUGGAGAGACGAAGAGCAGGAGACAGAGAGAGAAACGCCGGAGGUGGCGGAAGGAGAGAAGAGCGCAGAAGAUGACAUUAAUUCCUCGAGAGAGAGGAGGCGCGAGCAGAUAUCAGCAGGAGAUGCGUCGGGUCUGUCCGAGAUAUACGAAGAUACUCAGAGCAGAAGAUGCAGGAAUGGAGAAGUAGGAGGCGGUAGACAGAGCCUGGGGGAUAGGGAAACCAAUAGAGACAAUUACCUGAGCUCCGAUUUAGACUAUUUUUCCAGUCUGUCCAGCUAUUUGGAUUUUGGAAUCGCCUAUUGCCGAGCUCAUGCCACAAGAGAAAACUUGCUCCGCUCUGCACGUAGCAGAGAAUUGCAGGUAGAUAGAGAAUUAAAUCGGGAAGAGGAGAUGGACACGGGCAGACAGGUGGAGAUAGAAAGUGACACAGGGAGGCUGUUGCCAGAACUGAAUGUGCCUACAAAUUAUUCCGACGCAAGGCAUCUCAUUGCUCACACGAACGUGCGGUUAGCCGCGUCGUGGAGAGAGAGGGGGGGAAAUGGAGAUGAAGAGUUAGAGAAUGGAAGGGAGAGAGAUGGCAUCGGAUUGGGGUUGAGCCAUUCAAGUUUCUUUACAAAUGCCAGAUUGUCAACAUGGAGAGAAAGAGAGACGGAGAGGGAGAGAACCACAGGGACAGCAGAGACUAGAAGCCUAUGCACUCCAGAACCAAAUCAGCUCUCACUUCCUUCUGCCGAAGCGAUUUUUGCCAAUAGUGAAUUAUCUGGUUUGGACAAUGGAUCUGACGUUGAACUUAAUGGACAGAGUUGUAAUGCCACGGCAUUGGCCGGCGGUCCAAGUGUGGGUGGCUGCGGCUCCGGAGAGAUGGAGGCCUCCGUGACGACGGUGAUAGAGGGAGGUGAAGGCACUUCUGGAGAUUGUGGGCCACUGCUCUUCCACCAAAACUGUGGGCAGCGUGCGGCCGUGGUCAAUGGAGGACGCACCGCGUUGCGGCCAAAUGCCUUGGAAGAUUUUAACCACGGGGUGGUUCUCUCGAACCGACCCCUCGGGCCGGGAGAACGAUUUGAAGUGCGCAUCGACCGCAUGGUGGACAAGUGGGCGGGCUCCAUCGAGGUCGGCGUGACCACUCACUCGCCCGUGCGCAUUGCGCUGCCCUCAACCAUGACCAACAUGCGCUCUGGCACGUGGAUGAUGACUGGGAAUGGAGUGAUGCACAACGGAACCACCAUUCUGGACGACUAUGGGCAUAACCUGGAUCGCCUGCGGGCAGGGGACAGUGUGGGAGUGAUCCGCCAUGUGGAUGGUGCACUGCACCUGCUGGUAAACGGGGAGGACCAGGGCCGCGCGGUCAUUGGGGUCCCACCGUGCGUGUACGCCGUGCUCGACCUCUACGGGCAGGCGGCCCAAGCCACCAUCCUUGACUCCACACACGACAUGCCACCACUGCCCGACGAUCUGUCCGACACGCACACCCACCCCACCCCGUGCACCCCUCCGCUGUCCUUGUGCGACUGCGGCAAUGGCCCGGCGCGGUGCGACCUGGUCUUCGCUCACUUUCACGGCACCAAUGCCGUCAUCACCAACGGCGGUCGCACUGCCCUGCGCCAGAACCCGCGUGCCGAGUUCAACGACGCCAUCGUCAUCACGAACCGACCGCUCCGGGACGGAGAGUUGUUUGAGAUUGUCAUUGAGAAGAUGGUGGACAGAUGGUCUGGCUCCAUAGAAGUUGGUGUCACUGCAAUUGUUCCCGAGGAGCUCCACUUUCCAAACACAAUGACAGAUAUCGACCAUGACACCUGGAUGCUGAGUGGCACAGCCAUCAUGCGUGAUGGUAACACGGUGUGCAACAGCUACGGGAGCGACCUGGACCGCCUGGGGUUUGGCUCACGGAUCGGCAUGCUGCGCUCCCGCCACGGCGCGCUGCACUACUUCAUCAACGGCGUGGACCAGGGCCCCGCCGCCACGGGCCUCCCCGCCGAGGUGUAUGCAGUGGUCGACCUCUAUGGCCAGUGUGCCCAAGUGAGCGUCACGGCCUCCAGUGGAGUGGUGGACAACAGCUUGUCGAGCAGCGUGGUCACUCACCUCUCGCUGCCUGAGGACUCACCGCGCUUGCUGGGCGUGGCUCACAGGCUGCACGCGUGCUGUGGGAAAGGCAUCGUGCUUCGGAGAGAGGGACGCUCGGCUCUACGCCUGCAUGGUUAUGCACACGGCCUGCUCUUCAGCGCUGCGGAACUACGCACCGGGGAGCUGUUUGAGGUGCAGGUGGACGAUGUGAACGAUCUGUGGGCAGGCACGCUGCACGCCGGCCUCACCUCUCUCUCCACCUCUGACCCCGCUCGACUAGCGCCCUCAGCUCUGCAGCUUCGAUCAAAGCUCACAUGGCUGGUGGUGGGGUCGGAGGUGAGAUGCAAUGGAGUCACACAGAGGCAGAACUAUGGCGCUACACUGGACAGACUGCGCGUGGGUAACAGGGUUGGAGUGAAGCGCUGUCACGAUGACACGAUGCAUCUCGUCAUUGACGGCAAGGACAUGGGGCCUGCAGCCACUGGUGUGCCAGCGGGCGUGCACGCCGUGUUUGACCUGUACGGCACCGUGACAUCGGUGACGGUCACCAGCACGGGCUGUGCCCUCGUGUGCGCCAGUCCAGAGAAGAUCCCCAGCACCAUCUCCGCUCUCCAGCCCACCCCGCCGGAAUUGGCUUGCUCCGCGUGGGAGUCGCCCGUGUUUGUGGACGGGAGGAACCUGCUGCUGUCCAACCACAACCGCACGGCAACGCGCCGGGACGGCUGCUCGCAGGCGGUGGCCAGGACGGCGCACGUGCUGCCCCGCCAGUGCCUGCUGCAGGUGUGUGUAGACCGCCUGUCUCACGAGUGGUCAGGCUCGCUGUGUUUGGGAUUGGAAAGUGUCAGUGAGGGCCACUCUCCGACGGCGCACACCCCGACGGCGCGAACCCCCUUGGCGCGCAGCCCCGCAACGCCGCCCUCCUCAAUCGUGCAAGGGGGCCAGCAGCAGAGCUGGCUGAUCCGCGGCCGUGCUGUCUACCACAACUCCACCAAGAUCCGGGACGGCUACGGGCCGGGCCUCGACUCGUUGGCGGAGGGCACGCGCGUCGGCCUGCUCGUCGACACGCUUGGAGCGUUGCACCUGUACGUGAACGGCGUCGACCAGGGAGCGUGUGCCGCCCACGUCCCCGUGAACACCCGCGUCGCCGUGCACCUCUAUGGGUGCUGCCUGAAGGUUACCCUGGUGACGGACGAGGGUGCGUGCGGGGAGGAAAGCUGUGAAGACAGAGAGAAAGCCGACAUGGUGGACGGCUUGAAGGAAGGCGUUUUGAGACCUCCAGCGUGUGUUGACGGAAGCGUCCUCCGAGCCGUCUGCGAUUACCAGGCAGUUUGCGUGCGGUUCAGGGACCUCCUAGCUCUCCCAGGAGGCUUCUUCACGCCGUGCGUGUCGUGCUUCUGCGCGUCAUGUUGCCACCUACGUGACGAUGAAGCGUACCGCACGAGGGGAGAGCCACCGCGGGACUACAGCCUGCCUCUCGGAUGGGUACACUUCACCCUCCGGACGAAUCCCCGUAGCGACGCGACCUUCCUCAAGCGGUGGCACGUAGCCUAUCAUGGGGCCAACAUAGGUGAUGUUCGGCGCUCACUCGACCACGGAGAGCUGUGUGCAGCUUCAAAAUGCCCCCUCUUUGCACAGAAAACGAAGGCAGAUGAAAGUGGUGCGCACACGGCCGCUGAAGGCCAGGCUUCGGGCCAGGGUGACGUCGUGACGGGGUUGCUCACGGCGGCCGUGCGACUGUCUCCAUCUCUCCCGCAUGCGAGCCGCGACUGCUGCUACAUCACGUUCCGCGACCCCAAGACUCAGGGCAUGCACGGGGCUCAGGUGGCUUUCCAGGUGUGCGUUCGGCCCGGAGCUUACAAGUACAGCGCUCACCCGGCCGUGAACACGGGACACGCCGCACACCCCUUGCAGCCCGCACGCAGCGCGCACGCGUUGACGAACACGUACCCGCCGCACACACAGUCCGCCGCCGCGCACUCGAACAUACACGCGCCCGACACGCGCUUCCCCAGCUCGGAGAUCGAGUGGUUCACCAAAGAGAGGGGCUCCACCAUCAUCACAGCCUUGCUCAUUCGUGUGGAGUGACCGUUGUACGGACGACAGUUGUGCAGCGUGAUUGAUGCUGCCACGACCGCGCGAUUUCCGAACAAACGCGUAAAAGACACAGCGGUGUUGUUCUUCUCGGAGCCAUGCGAUUGUCCUGAAGCAGCUGUGCUCAGUCGACUGUGGUGACUGGCGAUGAUGGAAUUAAGUGACGCUGAAAAUAGCAGGAAGCAACUCGUUUACAGCAUGGUGCAAUAGCGAAUGUUUCACCUGUAGUUACCUUCCUAGAGGCACCAGCCUGUAGAUUUGUGUACAGUUAAUGACCCAGAUAUUUCUGCCAUAUGUGUAACACCACUGAUGUCUACGGAAUUUUUCUGUUUAAUACUCGGAGUCAAAAGCUCCCCAUGAAACUUGCUAGUAUUUAUUUAGCCUAAUAGCAAUAUUAGUUUAACGGGGCAGUAUAGCAGUUGCAACAAGUGGCGUUGGAAAGGAUGCCCUUGACCUCGAUAAGCACUCUGACUUUUCAUUAAAGAUGUUGAUUCGUCUUAUGUCCUUGGCCGAUACGAACAAGCACGCUCAUCGUUAUCAGUGCGGGACCAUGGCCAGGUUGCGUCCGUUUGAUGCUCGGAUGCAACAAAAAUUAGCCCAGAACCUCGUGCUCUGACAGGUGGCCUGAGAACAACACAACACGUUGAAUUACAAACACACUUUAACAUUCGUGAAAAUCUGAAUAAAUUACCUCGUACACAGGCCCUGUGAGUUUACGCAUUGUUUUCUGAAACCAUCUGUAUAUAGGGAUCAUACACACAGGCUGGGUGACUGCACAAAUGGCUCAAUAUACCACGUGUACUCCAGAAGGCUUAGGACAUUUAUCUGCAUGUGCAUUCAUAAUCAUAGCCCACUCAUAACGUUGUUCUGGUUUCUGAGCUUGUGCAUUUUAGAAGCUGAUUUUUGAAGCCGAAUAUUUUAGGCAUGGAGCAGAUUCAUGGUUGGCUGCACGCACCGGCUAGACGGGGAGCGGGGGGGUCGUCCACGCUCCCUAGUGGAUCACGCGGACGGUCUUCAGUGCAAGCCUCAGCUGCAGCCGUUUGUUCCCACCUCCGCUGCUUUUUUCUGUCCUGCCCACAAUGGGAAUCUUGCAGACAUAAGCAUCAAUAACCACUCUUCACUUUGGGGUUUAGCGACCAAGGGGAAUGUCCAACAGCAGAUGGUGGGAUUCUACUCGAGCACAUCAAUGGCACUGUGUGAGUCUACAGCCAGAUUUUGGGAUACUGUUAGGGCAGAUCUUGGAGGUCAUGUGUCCCUGUGCAGCUGCUGCGGAUAUGUUGGAGGACAAAAAGCGUUGGCAAGCGAGGUGCGGUUGUGGCAUCAAUGGCUUUGUCCAUGAUGACGUCUAGUUGGUGAUGUAUUCAGAGGUGGCAGUCAAGUCCUAGACAUGACGAUCGAUAUGAAUUACGUUCACUCUCGAGGUUGUUACCCGUCGCAAGUGCCUCACAUUGUCACAGCCACGUGUAUUGUUCUGGUGCCUUAUGCGUUAAAUUGUUGGAUGGAGCGUGGAGACGAUAUGAGACCGUUUUUAAAUGGCAUUGCACCACAAUUUACACGGUUGAACCUUUUAAAAUAAGCAGUCGUCUUUCAUUGAACUAUUGCCAACAUGCAAAUGUUGCAACAGAUUUCUACUCGUGCGCGUGAUGGGACAUGGCUGCUAGAGGUUGAGCGCAGAUUUAACCGCACACAGCACGCGAGGUGACACGAGCAAACGCCACGUGGGUGCAUGCGCAGCACACGUGUGUGUGCUGCGCAUGCACGUGUGUACCACAUGCUUACCCCACGUGCAUCGUCAUGUUUGCCGUGCGUGCACGUCAGUGGGCUGGCUAGUGACGUGCAAUGAUUCUCUUUGCUAUUUAUACAAAACGGUCGUGUGUGUAUGUGUAACAUAACCAAGUACAAAGGGAGCGACGUUAUUAAUACAUACGUUUAUUUACAAUUGCUUAUCCGAAUGAUUUAUUGAACGCUGAUUGUUAACGAAACUGGAAUUGUUGGUGUCGUGUGCAAUAAAGAUGAAUAUUCACGUUUCUUCA